AUGUACACCUACACCGUGGCGGCCGACUACGUCAGCCUCGACGAGCUCCUGGCUGACGUUGUGCGAGAGCAGAGGAAGACGGUCCUGUCCCAGACCUGGCAUCGCGGCUGGCUAUCCUGGGAAUCGUGGCGGCUUUGGUUGAGGUCGCCGUCGCCGUCGUCCCUGGACAUUGAUGUGGAGGCGGCUGAUUGGCUGAUCAACAACGUGGAUGGCUUUCUCUCGAAUCCUCGCAGUGGCACCAUGGCUUGA